AUGUGCUCUCCUGCCAGUCCCAAAAUCCUAUACAGGAAUCCCCGAUUCCUCCAGUUAGCUUUUCUGCAGCUUCAUCACCAGCAACAGAGUGGUGUGUUCUGUGAUGUCCUCCUGCAGGCAGAAGGUGAGGCAGUCCCAGCCCACUGCUGCAUCUUGUCGGCCUGCAGCCCCUUCUUCACAGAGCGUUUGGAGCAGGAGAGGCCAGCUCAGGGUCGGAAGGUGGUGCUGGAGCUGGGGGACCUGAAGAUAAGGACACUUAGGAAGCUGGUAGACUUCCUGUACACCUCAGAGAUGGAAGUAUCUCAAGAAGAAGCCCAAGAUGUGCUUUCUGCUGCCCGUCAGCUCCGCGUGUCUGAGCUAGAAUCCCUUCAGCUAGAGGGUGGAAAGUUGGUGAAGGCCCCACAGGGCAGAAGACUGAACCGAGAAUGCUUACAACCUCCAAAUGCUGCACCAAUCUCUGCUAGGGUGGUUGCACCUAGCCGCCGUCCUCGAACUCCACUGCCUCUUACCCUGACUCCCUGUCCUCUUGGGGCAGUGAGACUGAAGUCCUUGGGGAAGGAGGAAGGGCCCCAGGAGAAGAGCAACCGACAGAGUGCAGAAAACUUGUCUGGCACUCUUCUCAAGAGGAAGGCCAGAGUCUGCCCAACUCCACAAGAAAAAAGCUCUUCACCGUCAAGCCACAGUCAGGGUCCUAAGGAGAACAAGAGUGACUCUGCUCUUGGUCCUACACUUUCCCCUACCAGCUUGUACCCCUCCAUGGAUGAGCGAUUGUUGCCCAGAAAGAUCAGGCUAAGCCGCUCAAAGCCAUCUCCUGAUGUCUGUACGUCAAAGCCUUCCAGCAUUUUAAGCAGACCCAGCUCAGUGCCCACAGCCUCUGGUCGGCGUCUUUGGCGGCAGAGGAGUAUAAACAAACAAACACCAGAGGACAAGCAGAAACCAGGGACAGCUGGUCCUCUACACAGCACCCCCAGCCCAUCUGGUCUUGGAAAGACAGGUGGGAACAAGAAGCGGAGCCUUGAAGUCAGGGCACCUAACUCAGACUCUGCAGAGGAGGGGCAGGUUGGGAGAGUGAAACUUCGGAAGAUUGUCAAUGGGACAUGCUGGGAGGUGGUCCAAGAGCCUCCCCUCAAAAACUCUCAAGAUAGCCCCCAGAUCCCAGAGCCUGGAAGAGACUUACAAGAGUCUCCAGGGAGUCAGCCAUCCUCAGUUAAUGAACAGGAAAUGUCAUCUACUAGAAUAGAACUGUGUCAGGACUCCCUCAAGUGCUCUAGGCUACAAGACAUUCUGCUCUCUGCUAGCCAUUCUCCCAACCACCCAGUGGUGAAGUCUGAACCUGGGUGCAGUUCAGAGCUGGUAGGGAAGGAACCUGUGUUGGAUAUUGACUACAAAGAGCCCUAUGCAUUUGACACAGCCCUGCUCAGGCAGCCUUGUGAGGCUGAGGAGUACCGCAUCACAAGUGCUGCUGCUACCAGUGAGCUAGAGGAGAUCUUGGACUUCAUGCUGUGUGGCUCAGACAUUGAGCCACCUAUAGGUCAUCCAGAGAGUCCUGCAGCUGAGAGCUGCAGGACCCCCAGUUAUCACCUUACAGAAACAGGAAAGAACUGGAUUGAAGGGGAAGAGUGGUGUUUGCCCGACAUGGAACUCUGGCCUAGGGAGCUCACAGAACUAGAAAAGGAACCUGUUGGUGAAAACAGAGAGCCAGUUGAACCCCUUAGCCCCCUUGCCAUGCCCUCUGAGAUGAGUGAAGGAGAGGUGCUUUUAGUGAGAGGCUCUUGGACUCCAGACCUUGAAAUUACCACCUCCCAGCCACUGGAUGGUCAGGGAGACAAAUUUCUCCACAUUGACUCUUUUGACCCUCACCAAAGGUCUUAUGGGGACCUCUCACCUCCCUACUCAAACUGGGCAGAGACUGGGCUGGAAGUGUCUCUAACUAUGGACGAGGUAUUGUACCCUGCUCCAGAGGCAGGCAAGGAGGUAUCUGGUAAAUCUGAGUUGCUGGGCUCACUUUCUGCCAGCUCUGAAGAGGAAGAGAUCGAUGUGGUGGACUGGACAGCAGAGGGGAACCUGGUGCCCAACAGUAUUCCUUCUGUAUGGCCUGACCCUUCCUCAGAGUCAGAAACAGAGGUAGAUAUACUUACGUAG